ACUCUUCUUCUGUGAUCGCGAUUCGUCUCCUUAGAAAGAGAAGACUACCUACACAAUUACCUGUGUCGGCAAGGCUGAGAUUCGUUUUUAUAGGAAAAUCAAAACACUUGUGCUGUUGUAGACAGCUAAAAAUAAUAAUAAUAUUAAAAAAAACGUACUCACGAUGAGCGACACUGAGAAGGAUUUCGUCGAUCGGGAGUCCCGCUCAGGUUCGCGGAGUUUGAGUCCGAGAGGCUCGCACAAGUCCACCAGUCGCUCUCCGGCAGAGUCUCCGGCCCGCUCGAAGCAGGGCUCUCACCACUCCCGCUCCAAAUCCCGCUCCCACUCCAGGUCCAAGUCUGGGUCUCGGUCACAUCGGAGCUCUCGUCGUCGCUAUUCGCGCUCUCGUUCACGGUCCCGUCGUCGGCGUUCUCGCAGCCGCUCUUGCAGUGGGGAGUCUCGACAUCGUCGCAGCCACAGUCAUUCGCCCAUGUCCAACCGCAGACGGCACAUCGGCAACCGGGUGAGAGACCACGCAAGCGCCGGGCCCCAUGCAACUCAGGCAAGCGCCGGGCUCCGUGCGACUCAGGCGAACCCUGACCCGAAUACGUGUCUGGGCGUCUUUGGCCUGAGUCUGUACACCACAGAGAGGGACCUGCGAGAAGUCUUCUCCAAGUAUGGCCCGUUGUCCGACGUCUGCAUCGUGUAUGACCAGCAGUCACGCAGGUCGAGGGGAUUUGCUUUUGUCUACUUUGAAAACAAGGAGGAUUCACAAGAGGCCAAAGAGAGGGCUAAUGGCAUGGAGUUGGAUGGACGCAGAAUUCGAGUGGACUUCUCCAUCACGAAGAGGCCCCACACCCCCACUCCCGGCAUCUACAUGGGCCGUCCCACAUAUGGUGGUGGGGGCCCCAGUAUGAGCCGGCGUCGGGAUUAUUACGACCGUGGAUAUGAUAGAGGCUAUGAUCGCUAUGAUGACAGAGACUACUACAGCAGAUCUUAUAGAAGAAGAUCCCCUUCCCCGUACUACAGCCGAGGACCUUACCAUUCGAGGUCUCGCUCUCGCUCCUACUCCCCACGUCACUACUGAAGCCCGAGAAGAGCUUUUGUUGGUGGGGUUUUUUAACACGUUGUUUGAGCAGUGAAUGUGUCACUUGCAGCUCUGAGAAGUCGCUUUAUGUAGCUCAGUUAAAGAUGUUAAAACUGUCUUGUGAUGUUCCAAGUUGUUUCCUUGCCUCAUUUUAAAACUGAUGUCUGAUCUGUUUGUUAUAUAGUGUGCUAGAGCACCACCUCCACUCUUAUGUGUUUUAAGCUGAUGGUAUUCUCAUAAUAAACCAUGUUGGAGCACAG